ACAUCUAUUAUGAACAGUGGAAAUUUUGGAUAUGGUGGUCAGAAUUUCGAUAACGGCUACCAGUAUGUAAAAAACGCACCAGGUUCCGAAAAUUGGACUGGGGGGGAAGCGCCUGGAGCGCAACUUCCCCAUCAGCCUAAAACAGGUGCGUCUGCAACAGUCCCAAGAUCCAGUGAAGCAUUGUCACAACAUGAAACCCGUUACAUUCCGCCUCAUAUGCGCUACUCAGCAACAGCAACAGCAAAUGAAAUAAUUCCAGAAGGUGUCCCAGUACACGAAAAUUGGUCGCGUGGUGCAGAGCAAUAUGGCCGUAGCGGACGUGGAACUAGUACUUUUAAUGACCGCGUUAUGCCUAUGCGUAAAAGUCAGAGUUAUGCCGGAAUGCAGCCGCAAGGUGAUUAUGGAGCACAGUGGAGCAAUAAUUCAUCGGUACAAGGUUAUGAUUAUCAGCCGUCUAUGGGUGGUAGACCGGGACGUGGACGAGCAGGGUUUGGGCCUUCUAUUGGUGGUUUCAGUAGAAAUGAUGGCCAUGCACGUGGAAGAGGAAAUUAUGGUGACACUCAUGGUAGUGGUCGAGGACGUCCCAAUUAUACCGGACGAUAUUCAUAUGAUCGGAGAACAGUGUAUGAUGAGCAACAGUGGGGUUCGCAACAUCAAAGCAAUUUUCGUCGUCAAGACGACACCAUACCUGAUAAUUCGCGAUGGGCGGGAUUACGAGAUUCGGUGCCAGAACGUUCUCCACAGUGGACUGAACAAUUACCUCGUGAUGAACUUUUGGAAUCUGAGUUAUUUGCUGGCAUGAACUCUGGUAUAAACUUUGAUAAGUAUGAGGAGAUUCCAGUAGAAGCAACUGGUCAAGAUUGUCCGUCUCCUAUAGCGUUGUUUGCGGAUUUGAAACUACAUCCAUGGAUUGAAGAAAACAUUCGUCUUUCGGGUUAUGGCCGUCCUACACCUGUUCAGAAAUAUUCUAUUCCAACGCUUAUGAGCAAUCGUGAUCUAAUGUCAUGCGCUCAAACUGGAUCGGGCAAAACAGCUGCAUUCCUAGUACCACUAAUCAAUAAUGUCUUGCAAGCGGGUCCAGACGCUCUUUAUAAGGUUACUGUUCUUCAUUCAACCACUCAGCAAAAUGGACGUCGUCGCCAGUAUCCAGCUGCACUAAUUUUGUCACCGACUCGUGAGCUUUCUUUACAAAUUUAUAACGAGUCGCGUAAAUUUGCAUAUCGUACUCCUAUAACAUCGGCUCUUCUCUAUGGUGGUCGUGAAAACUAUCGGGAACAAAUUAAUAAACUACGUUUGGGAGUACAUAUUUUGAUUGCUACUCCUGGGCGCUUGAUUGAUGUAAUGGAACAAGGUUUUAUUGGUCUUGAUGGUUGCCGUUUCUUAGUGCUCGAUGAAGCAGAUCGGAUGCUUGAUAUGGGAUUUGAACCACAAAUACGACAAAUUGUUGAUUUAUCGAAAAUGCCGCCCAAAGGUAAACGAGUAACAGCGAUGUUUUCGGCGACUUUUCCAAAGGAAAUUCAAGUUCUUGCGCAAGAUUUCUUGAUGUCAAAUUAUGUUUUUUUGGCUGUUGGUCGUGUUGGCUCAACAUCAGAGAAUAUAAUGCAGAAAAUUGUAUGGGUAGAAGAACACGAAAAGAAAAGCUUUCUUAUGGAUUUGCUUGAUGCUGGAGAACCAUCAGCAUUAACUCUUGUUUUUGUGGAAACUAAACGUGGAGCAAGCGAUCUAGCAUAUUAUUUGCAAAAAGAUGGCUAUAAUGUUGUCGCAAUCCAUGGUGAUUUAAAACAAUUUGAACGUGAGAAGCAUCUAGAAACUUUUCGCUCUGGUGUUGCUCCUAUACUUGUUGCCACAGCGGUAGCUGCUCGGGGUCUUGACAUACCAAACGUGAAACACGUCAUCAAUUAUGAUUUACCAUCUGAUAUUGAUGAAUAUGUGCAUCGAAUUGGUCGUACAGGACGUGUUGGAAAUGUUGGACUUGCUACUUCAUUUUUUAACGAUAAAAAUCGCAACAUAGCUCGUGAUUUGGCAGAACUUGUGGUCGAGGCAAAUCAGGAACUUCCGGAAUGGCUAGAAAAAUUGUCAGCUGAUGCACAGCGAUAUGGCACACGACCAGGUCGUACAAAGGGAGCUAGCCGUUUCGGCGGUCGUGAUCACCGUAUUCAAUAUACAGGAGGUGGUGGUGGAUCCCAUCGGCAGAAUGGCAUCAGUUAUUCACCAUCUAGUAAUCAGUGGAACCAUCCACAGCGUUCCUCUCGUGCUCCACCUCAACAGGUUCCUUAA